AUGCGACCAUUCAGUGUCAGUGUCCUUUCACGGGCACUCCAGACAUCCCACUCGCCCUGGGACGCCGCUGAUUACUCGAGGGGGAUGUUCGGGCCAUUAUGUUCAGGAACUUGCUCCUCUUGCGAGUGCUUCUUGUACACAAACGUCCCAGUAGACUCUGCUUUCGGCAAAGAUAAUGGAGCCAACUCCUUUCGGGAUGCUCCAAGUAGCACCGGCGUCCCUUGA